AUGGAGAAGGUCGUUUCAGUAUACUGUGACUGCUGUGGAUUUAAAGAAAAAUGCACUCAUGAAUACAUAAGCCAGGUGAAGGCUAACUUUGAGGAGAAAUGGCUUUGUGGAAUCUGCUCUGAGGCUGUGAGGGAAGAGAUGAUGAAAGGAAAUAGAACAAUUGAGGAUGCUUUGAAAGCUCUAAUGUCUGUUUAUAGAGAGUUAAAAGCAAAAAAUGCAAGUAUAGCAAAUGGUAGUUGGUCAGGUGAUCGCUCAGCUUCGACUUCGUCGUCAUCCAUAGAUGAAAAUGAAGCGGAAGAGCUCAAUGAAGAAGAAGCAGGAGAGAUAAACGAAGAAGCAGCCGAAGAGAUAAAUGAAGAAGAAGAAGGAGAAAUAAAUGAACAAGCAGCCGAAGAGAUAAAUGAAGAAGCAGCCGAAGAGAUAAAUGAAGAAGAAGAAGCCGAAUAUAUAAAUGAAGAAGAAGCGGGAGAGAUAAAUGAAGAAGCAUCCGUGGAGAUAAAUGAAGAAGAAGAAGCAGGAGAUAUCUCCUGUUAUUUUCAGUGCUCAUUGCAUGUUGAAUAA